GAGCCACUGCAUUAGACUCAGCAAGAGGCGUACCAAAGAACACAUAGAGCAAGAAGCACCAUACCCACCUGCCAAUAGAGCCGAGCGCAGCAGCCACAUUCUCAUUAUGGUCAAGGAGACCAAGUUCUACGACCUCCUGGGCGUAUCGCCCUCGGCAGGCGAGGCAGAGCUCAAGAAGGCUUAUCGCAAGAAAGCCCUGUCGCUCCACCCCGACAAGGGAGGAGACCCCGAGCUCUUCAAGGAAGUCACAUCAGCCUAUGAAGCCCUCUCAGACCCUCAGAAGCGUGACAUGUACGACCGAUUCGGCGAGGCCGGUUUGAGCGAGAGCGGCGGUGGCAUGGGAGGUAUGGACCCCUCGGACCUCUUUUCCCAACUCUUCGGCGGCGGCGGUGGAGGCUCCUUCUUCGGCGGAGGCGGUGGACGACCCCGUGGCCCGCGCAAGGGCAAGGACCUUGUACACCGCGUCAAAGUCUCCCUCGAGGAGCUCUACGCAGGCAAGGUCACCAAGCUCGCUCUCCAGAAGAACGUCCUGUGCAAGGGCUGUGAAGGCAAGGGAGGCAAGAAUGUCCAGACGUGCCGAAGCUGCAAUGGCCAAGGUGUCAAGAUGCAGCUUCGUCAGCUCGGGCCCAUGAUCCAGCAGGUGCAGACUCCCUGCGAUGCUUGCUCUGGCCAGGGAGAGACGAUGGCGGCAAAGGACAGAUGCAAGCAGUGCUCUGGCAAGAAGGUCAACUCGGAGCGCAAGGUUCUCGAGGUGCGCAUCGAAAAGGGAAUGGAGAAUGGACAACAGAUCACCUUCAAGGAGGAGGCAGACCAAGCUCCGGGCAUCGUGCCAGGAGACGUCAUCAUCGUCGUCGAUGUCAAGCCUCACGACCGCUUCCAGCGCAAGGGCAACGACCUGUACACCGACUACGAGGUCGACCUUCUCACCGCUCUGGCUGGCGGCAAGAUCCAGAUCCUCCACUUGGACGACCGAGCACUCAGCGUCGAGAUUGCGCAGGGCGAGGUCAUCAAGCCGGGCACGGUCAAGGUGCUUCGAUCGCAAGGCUUCCCUUCGCUGCGCCACCACGAGCCGGGAGACUUGUACGUCAACCUCUCCGUCGCCUUCCCCGACUCUAUGCCGCUCGAGUCCAUCCCGCUGCUGGAGAAGGCUCUGCCGGCGAGGAGGAAGUUGGCCAAGCUGGACAGUAAAGUGGACACAGAGGACGCAGAGUUGGAGGACCUUGAUGAGCGUGAGGCACGCAAGGCCAGGACAAACGGCGGUGGCCCGCAUGGCGGCAUGGACAUUGAUGAGGACGAUGAGGAGGCUGGAGGCGGACCUAAUGUGCAGUGUGCGCAGAGCUGAGCGUGCUUCCGCGCUUUUUUUCCUGUCCCAUAUAGCUCUCGAUACAUCUUCUCUCAGGGGUCAGUAAUGACAUCG